UCGUUCACCCGCCGUCCCUCCCCUCAGCCGGAUGCCGGGAACAAGAGAAAGGGAGCGAUUGGGAGAUUCCGUUUUAAUACAUUGACUUCAGCCUAGCAUCGCCCCGUGUUGGUGCAGGAGACCCCGUCUGAACCCUAGGAAUUAAUCGGAACGCCUCCUCCCGUAAGGUAUGUCCACAAAGAACCUGGAAGCUGAGGGUAACAUAUCAUCAGUUGCAGCUUACUACAAUGGGAAGUCCGUCCUUGUUACAGGAGCCACAGGAUUUAUGGGCAAAGUACUAAUAGAAAAGCUUCUGCGCUCCAGCCCUAACGUGAAGGCUAUUUAUAUUCUUGUGAGACCCAAAGCUGGACAGUCGAUGCAAAACAGAGUGGAGAACAUGGUGAAAUGCAAGUUGUUUGAUAGAGUCCGAGAAGAGUGGCCCAACUUCCAUGAGAAGAUCAAGCCGAUCAAUGCUGAACUCACCCAGCCAAAUCUGGCAAUUGCUCCCGAGGAUGCUGCAGAGCUGCUAUCAGAAGUCAACGUUGUCUUCCAUUGUGCUGCAACCGUUCGCUUUGAUGAGCCACUGAAGCUUGCUCUUUUGCUCAAUGCCAGGGGCACCCAGCAGCUCCUGGUAUUGGCCCACCGGAUGCAGCAUCUUGAGGCCUUCAUCCACUUUUCAACAGCCUAUGCAAACUGUAAUCGGAGGUACAUAGAAGAAGUCAUCUACCCGCCACCUGUGGAGCCCAAGAAACUUUUUGACCUUGUGGAGUGGAUGGAUGAGUCCCUUCUCGAAGAGAUCACCCCCAAACUCAUCGGGGAUUGGCCCAACACCUAUACAUUCACCAAAGCCUUGACAGAGUACCUUAUUCAGCAAGAGAAAGGGAAUUUAAACGUCGCUAUCAUUAGACCAUCUAUUGUGGGUGCCAGCUGGCGUGAGCCUUUUCCCGGUUGGAUUGACAACUUCAAUGGAACAAGUGGUCUCCUUACUGCUGCUGGAAAAGGGAUUAUACGAACAGUAAAAUGCAACACAGAGGCAGUAGCAGAUAUUGUUCCUGUAGAUGUGGCUAUCAAUUUAAGCCUUGCUGCUGGAUGGUACACUGCAGUUCACAGACCAAAAUCAAUGUUGAUAUAUAAUUGUACGACGGGUGGCUUGAACCCAUUUUGUUGGGGAGAGAUGGAGUAUCAUGUCAUAUCUACAUACAAGAGGAAUCCCUUGGAGAAAGCCUUCAGAAUACCUAAUGCCAACAUGACCUCAAACUAUUUGAUGCAUCAGUAUUGGACAACUGUCAGUCACAAGUUCCCAGCCUUUCUCUAUGAUUUGUAUCUGCGGUUAACCGGAAGAAAGCCAAGGAUGAUGAAGCUCUUCCAUCGCCUGCACAAAACCAUGGCAUUCUUUGAAUACUUCACCAGCCGUACCUGGGAAUGGAAUUCAGACAAUAUGAGUAUGUUAAUGAGCCAGCUCAGUCCCAAAGACAAGAAAUUAUUCUGCUUUGAUGUCCGUCAACUGCAUUGGUCAGAAUACAUUGAAAAUUACUGCGUUGGAACUAAGAAAUACCUGCUGAAUGAAGAUAUGGCUGGAAUUCCUGCCGCAAAGCAGCACUUAAGAAAGCUAAGGAAUAUUCAAUAUGCACUCAAUACGAUUUUUCUUGUGAUCAUCUGGCGUGUGUUCAUUGCAAGGUCACAAAUGGCUCAAAACGUGUGGUACUUUGUGGUGAACCUCUGCUAUAAGUUCCUUAACUACUUCAGAGCUUCCAGCUCACUCAGGCAUUGAAAUCUCUACCAAGCUAUUGACUACCUAUUCAUGGAAGGACCUUCGUCUCCUCAAGCAACAACUGUGGAUGUUUGGGUUGACAGUUGCAGGGUAUCUUUCAGUUGCUACAGAAUUCAAUGAGUAUUUGAGGCACAUCACAAUAAUUGCAUAUUUUUAGUAAUGCUUUGACAAAUCACUGUCUUCCCUCUCUGUAUCCACCAGUAUGAAUAUCAAAGCCAUAAGUUAAAAUUAGGACACAAGUGAUUUUGGAACAUUGUCCCUGCGCCCACUUCUCCAGUGAAGGGCUGUGUAUUACCAAAGCUGCCAUAUUUCUGUAUAAAGAGUAACCUAA